UUCCAAUUCGAUUUGGAAACUCGAGUCGUCAGCGGGCCACAGUCGCUGCCUUCGAGUUUAUUGCCAACUCUGCCUUGGCCCGGUGCGCAACGGUUUCGGUAGUUGGUAGUGCAUAGUUGGUAUUGUCGGAGCUAAACUUUUCCCGCUUGUGACUGAAAGAUGCUUGACAUUUAGCCAGAAAAUUCUGACAGCGAUUUAAAUACAAUUUGUGUGACUGUGUAGAGUGUGUGUGGUGGUGCCUCAACUGUAAUCAAUCAUAUCAUUGCCGAUUUAAGUACUCUUGCCCCUCGCAAUCGAAUGGAUAUCAAAGCCUCGACGCCACCUGCCCUCGAAGUGGCUCCUGGCCAGCCCGGAUCGCCAGCCGGAAAACCGGUAGCGAUCUCCGCCGCCAUGUCCGGUCCAGGUGGAGUGGCCAACUCGUCCUCCACCGCGGCGGCCAACAAUACCGCCGCCACAUUCCAGCACAUCUUCGAGCAGCUGGUGCAGCAGGGCGGCGGGAACCACAAGCUGCCGCAAAAGCAGCUGGAGCAAUUGCGUCACCUGCUCGGCAACGUGAGGGACGCCAAGAAUCUGCAGAUGAUCGUGGAGAAGUUCAAGAACCUGGAGCAGUUCCACGAGCACUAUGACGCCCAUCUGGCCAACAACAACACUGUGAUCUCAACGGAAGAUAGCAACGACUUGGUUAAGGAUAAUGCCAGGAAGUACGGAUCUGGUGGACAGACGCUAACGCCCCGCCACACAAUCGAUGCCAUUCUGGGCCUGAAGAAUCGCAAUGGCGCGGCGAAUGGCAGUGGCAGGAAUCCGGAAACGGUCAGCGAUGGCUCCGUUGAUCCCUCCCUGGGUGACGAGGACGCCACUGAUCUGCGCUGCGGCAUGACCCUGACGCAGUUGCGCAGCAUGGACAAUCACAUGGCCAGCAUGCUGCAGCAGCACGCGAAGAACGGAGCAGCCCUGCCCUACGGUCCACCAACUCCGCCGGGGGGUCAGCAGCCCCAGGUGCCGAAUGCCACGCCCCUACACCAUGGACAGCAGAUGGGCGGCCAGGCGGGACAUGGUCAUCCUACGCAUCAUGGGCAUGCUCCCUUCGGCUAUCAUAAUGCUUUUGGCUUUGGCCAGGCCGGUCAUGGGUAUGGGCACCAUGAGGAGGCGGCGGGCAAUUACCUCAAUUCGAUGCACCAGAUGGUCGAGGCCAAUCAAUUGCAGACCGGAGCCAAUGGGGCCAAUGCUCCGCCCGCUCCGCUGCCGCCCAGUUCCUUUGGCAGUAAUCAGCAGCAUUUGGCCGCCUUGGCGGCUCAGGCGCAGGAGCAGCAGAAUCAGCACGGCAAAUACGCCAAGUCAUCGCCCACUGGAGCGGGUCCUCCUCCACCGCCGGGUUCCUACUUUAUGGAAUCCCAGACGGCGCCUGUCGCCCCGUCGCAGAUCAACUACGACGAGCGUUCAAUGUCCUCGGCUAGCGAUUUGGAGGAGGACGACGAUGAUGCGGCAAAGUUGCAGCUCGAUGUGACCUCGCCUCCCACUCCGGCGCCACGUGGUCCGCUGGCCGCCAAGCGCAAGUCCGCCGGCGUCUUCUGUGAUGAUAAUGAGCCAAAAUUAGCCAACGGUCAGUUGCCAGGCGGCAAUUACGGCAUUCGGCCGCGCAGCAUGGAGGAGGUGCAUCAUCAGCAGCAAUCGCAUCACCAGCAACAGCAGCAGCAGCAGCAGCAGCAACUGCAACAGCAGCAGGGCUUUCAGCACGACUUUCGCAACAGUGGCAAUGGGAAUCCCAAUGGCAACAGCAACUCCGGCGAUCAUGGCGAGCGUUUGAACGCGGAUAGCGACAGCUUGGUCAACGGCAGCUGCGCCUCCAGCGAGGAUCUCAACCAGACCAACAGCAGCGAGCAGGGCGAGAAGAUCACCUCCGGCAGCGACGACGAGGGCCAAGAUGACAACUGCGCCAAGAAGAAACACCGUCGCAAUCGGACCACCUUCACCACCUACCAGCUCCAUGAACUGGAGCGGGCCUUCGAGAAGUCCCACUACCCCGAUGUCUAUUCCCGCGAGGAGCUGGCCAUGAAGGUGAACCUGCCCGAGGUCCGCGUCCAGGUGUGGUUCCAGAAUCGUCGCGCCAAGUGGCGUCGCCAGGAGAAAUCGGAGAGUCUUCGCCUGGGCCUGACCCACUUCACCCAGCUGCCACAUCGCCUGGGAUGCGGUGCAUCCGGACUGCCCGUGGAUCCCUGGCUAUCGCCGCCGCUGCUGAGUGCACUGCCAGGCUUUCUCUCGCAUCCGCAAACCGUGUACCCAAGCUAUCUGACGCCGCCGCUGAGCCUGGCGCCAGGAAAUCUGACCAUGAGCAGCCUGGCGGCCAUGGGCCACCACCACGCCCAUAAUGGGCCGCCGCCCCCGCACGUGGGACACGGAGGACAUGGUCAGCCGCAGCCACCGCCACCGCCGCCGCCCCACGGAGUGCCCCACCCACAUGGCAGCCACCAUGUGGUACCCCUUUCUCACCUCUCGCCGCACCUGUCACGCAUGUCGCCGCAUGCGACGUCCUUAGGCUCGCCCCACCACGGAGUGACCCCCCUUGGCACGCCGCUGCACAGCAGUCUGCCGCCCAGUUCGACAGCCACCACCGUGGCCGUCUCAUCCUCGCAGUCGUCCUCCUCCUCCGCCUCGCUGGAGUGCAGCGGUCCGGAUGUCUGCAUGUCGCCGCAGAACCUUAGCAUUGGCAAUGCCGAUUCCAAUGGCGAUGGACGCGACCUGAGCAGCGACCUGGAUGCCGGCAGCACCAGCAGCAAUCCCGGCAGCAGUCUGGACAAGUGCGCGGCCAGCGCCAACAUAGAGCUGCUUGAUGUGGGUCGGGAUAGUCCACCACCUCCGCCCACUCCGACUGGCAAGGGUUCGAGCACGCCGCCGACGGACAUGCGGAGCAACUCGAUCGCCACGCUGAGGAUCAAGGCCAAGGAGCACCUGGACAACCUGAACAAGGGAAUGGUAUCCAUUGUCUAGCCCCAGUCGGUUCCUAGCUAAGUGCGCCUCCAAUCGAAAACAGUUCCCAAUCCCUCGUAUCGUCUUUUAGGUGUGUUCUAAGUUUAGUGAAUUUCGUGUUGUCAGUACUUAUUUCUGAGGCAGUUUCUCAGAUGGUAAACUCAACGUGUGCAAAGUGUAUUUGUAAAAUUUUAAUUAAUUCAAUGAAAAACGGCUGACGAAGAAGUCUAUUCCUAAUGCAUAUUAGCACAAAAUAAAUAUGACAAGUUUUAGCUCAA